CACUGCAAUGCUGCUACCUGGUAAAGGGCGAAAAAAAUCUCCAACUCCAAGCUCCCCAUGACAGUAUUUAGCCAGAAUGGUCAAGAAAUCCGGUACAGGCGGGGUUUACCCUGGUCCAGCUGUGGAGAAAAAGCUAAAAGUCGGCUUUGUAGGGCUAGAUGCUGGGGCUAGUACGGAUUUAAACAGAGAUGGGGCGCUGCUCAUAGCAGGUGCCGACGCCGAGGCAACAAAGCGAGGCAGCAUCCUUAGCAAACAGAGAUCCAGUCUCUCUGGCAAACCGAAGCCUCCAAAGAGAAAUGCAUUCUACAGAAGAGUGCAGAAUUUUCUUUAUAAUGUUUUGGAGAGACCAAGAGGAUGGGCAUUUAUUUACCACGCAUACGUUUUUGUGCUGGUCUUCUCCUGUCUGGUCCUCUCUGUGUUUUCCACCAUUAAGGAGUAUGAGAAGAGUUCUGAAGAUGCCUUGUAUAUACUGGAAAUAGUCACCAUCGUGGUGUUCGGCGUGGAGUACAUAGUGAGGAUAUGGGCUGCCGGAUGCUGCUGCAGAUACAGAGGAUGGAGGGGCCGUCUGAAAUUCGCCCGCAAACCCUUCUGCGUGAUCGACGUCAUGGUGUUGAUUGCGUCCAUCUCUGUGCUGGCGGCGGGAACCCAGGGGAACGUCUUUGCUACGUCGGCCAUCCGGAGUUUGAGGUUCCUGCAGAUCCUGCGCAUGAUCCGGAUGGACCGCCGUGGAGGCACCUGGAAACUCCUGGGAUCUGUCGUCUACGCUCACAGCAAGGAGCUGAUCACGGCGUGGUACAUCGGCUUCCUCUGCCUCAUCCUGGCGUCCUUCCUGGUCUACCUGGCAGAAAAAGAGGACAACGACCAGUUUGAGACCUACGCAGACGCACUGUGGUGGGGCCUGAUCACCCUGACUACCAUUGGGUACGGAGACAAGUUUCCCAUAACGUGGAACGGACGUCUUCUCGCCGCAACCUUCACCCUGAUUGGAGUAUCUUUCUUUGCACUUCCAGCAGGUAUCUUGGGCUCCGGCUUCGCCUUGAAGGUCCAGGAGCAACAUCGACAAAAACACUUUGAGAAGAGGCGGAAUCCUGCGGCAGGACUUAUUCAGGCCGGGUGGCGCUUCUACGCCACUAAUCUCACCCGGCCAGACCUGGAGUCGACGUGGGAUUAUUACGAACGCACCGUAUCCUCACCGAUGUACAGUAGACUGAUCCCGCCGCUGAAUCAACUGGAUCUCCUGAGAAACCUGAAGAGCAAGUCGGGACUAUCAUUCAGAAAGGAAUCCCAACCGGAGCCCUCCCCAAGUCAGAAGGUCAGCCUGAAGGAGCGUGUGUUCUCCAGUCCCCGGAGUUCAGGGACCAAAGGGAAAGGUUCCCCCCAGGGCCCCAGUGGACAAGGCAGCCAGGGCCAGGGGGGCCAAGGUCAGGGCCAAGCCAUCCGCCGGUCCCCUAGUGGGGACAACAGCAACGAAGACAGCCCUAGCAAAGUGCCCAAGAGCUGGAGCUUCGGAGAGCGCAGCCGGGCGCGUCAGGCCUUCCGCAUUAAGGGAGCUGCCUCGCGCCAAAAUUCAGAAGAAGCCAGCCUCCCUGGUGAGGACAUAGCGGACGACAAUAAGAGCUGCCACUGUGAGUUUGUCCCUCAGGACUUAACUCCCGGACUCAAGGUCUCCAUCAGGGCCAUUUGCAUUAUGAGGUUCAUGGUCUCCAAGAGGAAGUUCAAAGAGAGCCUGAGGCCGUACGACGUGAUGGACGUCAUAGAGCAGUAUUCAGCCGGCCACUUGGACAUGCUGGCCCGCAUCAAAAACCUCCAGUCCAGAGUUGACCAGAUUGUUGGUCGAGGUACUCCAAUCACAGAUAAAGACCGUCCCAAAGGAACCACUGACAGUGGGGUUGAAGAGGACACAAGCAUGAUGGGGCGCCUCGGGAAAAUGGAGAAACAGGUCAUGUCAAUGGAAAGGAAGCUGGACUUCUUGGUGAACAUCUACAUCCAGCGCAUGGGCAUCUCCCAGUCGGAGACGGACGCCUACUUUGGGUCCAAGGAGCCCGAACCAGCACCGCCCUACCACAGCCCUGUGGACCACAUGGAGAAGAGUGGCUCCAUCACCAAGAUCAUCCGAUCCAACAGCUCUAUCGGACAGAAGAACUUUGACCCACCGCCAUCCUGCUCCGGCCCGGGGGUCCACUGCCCACCCUCCACCUCCUGGCAGCAGCACAACGUCAGCGAGUUCCACCAGCCUAGCCAAGGCAACUUACCCUCUCCUGUAGGUGAUCACUCCUUGGUCCGUAUCCCUCCUCCGCCGGCCCACGAGCGCUCCUCUGGAGGCCACAACGGGAGCAAUCGGGGAUCCCACCGCAAUAGCGGUGGUGGAGGAGGAGGUGGUGGAGGAGGUGGAGGCGGUGGCGAGGGGGAUAGAGAGGGCAAGCCAGACAGCGACACGUCCAUCUCUAUCCCCUCAGUGGACCACGAGGAGCUGGAGCGCUCCUUCAGUGGUUUCAGCAUCUCCCAGUCCAAGGAGAACCUGGACUUCCUGAACAACAGCUAUUUCAGUGGCGUAGCCCGCUGUGCCAAGGUAAGGCCCUACAUCGCAGAAGGUGAGUCCGACACUGACUCCGACCUCUGCGCCCCCUCACCCAACUCGGCCACCGGGGAAGGCGCUUACGGGGACCGAGGGUGGUCAGGAUCCAAGUAGGCCAAAAUUGGAACCUCAUAUAAAUGGGGCCAUGGUGACUCUGCCUUGGAGUUCAGAGCUGAGAGGCCGAUAUGCUGGGUGUGAGGACGCUGCUACCACCAAUGGUACAUGUGAGAACAGAGUCACCCAGCUCCUCUGCAACGUAGAGUGAGAAAAAAGGUUCAUCAGACCACACUCCAGCAGUUUGUACUGAGAAAGCGCCUGUAGUUUUUCAUACUCGGAAGGUUUGCAGCAACUUGACUUACAGCACACACGUCUGUUCUCAUGUAUUCACACACUCAUCAAGGUUAAGUUUGCCAGUGAUUUAAAAAAAUAUCUGACCCUGGAAUGGAAUGCAGAUUAAUUGCCAACCUUCUAUAUUAUGAUUGAGAUGGUUAAAGAGCUAUCACACAGAAGAAACAGGUCCUGUGUGGCUCAGCUGGUAGAGAGCAGCACUUGCAGUGCCAGGGUUGUGGGUUCAAUUCCCACAGGGCAUCAAUACGAACGAAAGUGGAAAUGUACCCACUCACUAUUGUAAGUUGCUCUAGAUAAGAGUGUCUCCUAAAUUACAAAAAAAAUCAUUAUUAUAUAAAAUAUACUUGAAUUUGAUCUAAAUGAUGACAUUCAUGUUAUUUUGCUGUAUCUCUUUGUUUUGAUAUGUGGCACAAGAGAUCCCCAAUGAAUCUAAAAUGUAUUGUAUUUCUAUCCCAAAUGACUUAUUAUUUACAGUGGACAACAGAGGACAUGUUUUGCAUUAUGGUUGAUCAACUAAACGCAUAUAUUUCAAAGGAAUGUAAUAUUAUCAACAAUAUGGCUCGUGUCCAUAAGCCCUAUGGGAUAAAGGGAUGUGAUAACCAGUUCUAUGUGCACUAUUCUGUUGUGGUUGUUGUACAAAAACACGGAUGGUAUUUACAUCACACUACUUACUAAAGAUAUUGUACAUAUUCUAUUCAAUACCCACAAUAUUGCAUUUGUGAUAUCCACAAAGAUGCUUUUUAUGGGUAGAGGUACAUUUAGUUUAGUCUUUAUAUGAUCUGUAAAGAUGUAUUUUAUUGAUUUGUACAUAUCAAAUCAUUUAGAUGUGUUUAUUUAUUUCCUGUAAGAAUUAUAGAAGCAACUUAGGCACAAAUGCCUUGAUCUUUUAAUUUGGAUUCAUUUUUGCUAAAAAAGUUUUUCUAAGAAUCAAUUAUUCAAAUGCACUAACACUUAACAGCUAGAUUAAUGACAUAACACUCAACUGGAAACAUUAACAUACUUCACUAAUGUAAAAUUACAACAGCUACAGUUAGAUGGAAGGUUUGAUAUUUUGUUGGUAUAAAAUAUAAUUUCAAGAUGAUAAAAAUUGUAACGAAAUAUUCAGGCAGGCCUAACUCACUUCCCACUGAGGAACACAGGACAGACAUCACACUGCUUCACACAGGACAGACAUCACACUGCUUCACACAGGACAGACAUCACACUCCUGGACACAGGACAGACAUCACACUGCUGGACUCAGGACAGACAUCACACUGCUGGACACAGGACAGACAUCACACUGCUUCACACAGGACAGACAUCACACUGCUGGACACAGGACAGACAUCACACUGCUGGACACAGGACAGACAUCACACUGCUGGACACAGGACAGACAUCACACUGCUUCACACAGGACAGACAUCACACUGCUGGACACAGGACAGACAUCACACUGCUGGACACAGGACAGACAUCACACUGCUUCACACAGGACAGACAUCACACUGCUGGACACAGGACAGACAUCACAUUACUGGACACAGAACAAGCUUCCCACUGCUGAAUAGAGGACAUGCUGAUGAACACAGGAGAGGCUUCAUUCACACUGCUGAACACAAGACAGGCUUCCCACUGCUGAACACAAGACAGGCUUCCUUCCCAAUGCUGAACACAAGACAGGCUUCCCACUGCUGAACACAAGACAGGCUUCCUUCCCACUGCUGAACACAAGACAGGCUUCCUUCCCAAUGCUGAACACAAGACAGGCUUCCCACUGCUGAACACAAGACAGGCUUCCUUCCCAAUGCUGAACACAAGACAGGCUUCCUUCCCAAUGCUGAACACAAGACAGGCUUCCUUCCCACUGCUGAACACAAGACAGGCUUCCUUCCCAAUGCUGAACACAAGACAGGCUUCCUUCCCACUGCUGAACACAAGACAGGCUUCCUUCCCACUGCUGAACACAAGACAGGCUUCCUUCCCACUGCUGAACACAAGACAGGCUUCCUUCCCAAUGCUACACAAGACAGGCUUCCUUCCCAAUGCUACACAGGACAGGCUUCCUUCCCACUGCUGAACACAAGACAGGCUUCCUUCCCAAUGCUGAACACAAGACAGGCUUCCUUCCCAACAC